GUAUGCAAUGUUACAUGAAUUCUGCGUCACGAGAGUAAAUAUUGAUGUCCUCGUCGGUAUGCUUCAUCACAGCUGGGCAGGGGAAGAAAGAAUUAAAGAAAAGAAGAUGUCGAUGCACUAAACAGAAACUAAGGAAACUAUAAGUAAUCUCUUAACAUGAAUGAAUCUGAAGAAAAACCCCUUCUCCAAGCAAAGGAAACACAAAGGGAUGCAGCGAUUAACAUUGGGAUGCCAAGAUGGCUAGCUUUAAGUUUCGCCAUAUUUGUCACAUCACUUCACUCGAGUUCAUUUGUUUUAUCUAUGUAUGUAAUUAACCAGUAUUCAUACCAAACUUAUAUGAAGGAAAAAUAUCCCAAUUCAUCUCACAAAUCAACCGGAAGUCAAUCCGCAUGUGAGCUGAACACCAGUACGAUAGCAUAUAAAGAACAAGUCGUGGUACAAAAACUGACAUCAGAACUAAAUAUUUAUUGUAGUCUCGCUACCUACAACGUGAUCGGAGUGAUUUUUACUCUAAAUUUAGCAACGUACAGUGAUAUUUACGGAAGAAAACUGUUCUUCAUUGCGCCUAGGAACAUUAUUGAAAACGCUUCUUUGCACAAUCACCAUCUAUUUCAAUUUGAAGAUAGAAUGGAUCAUUUUAUUUUUUUGUAUAGAAGGAUGUACAGGGACCUGGGUUUCCACGUUGAGUAUGGCAUAUAGCUUCAUGGCAGAUCUUACAGAACCAGGAAAACCACGAACGUUUGUUAUAGGUUGUUUUGAAACGUCCUUGGGAAUUGCUGCAUUCAUUGUUUCAAUGUUGUCUGGAUAUCUUAUAAAAUGGACAGAUGGUUUCUUUUAUCCGUCCCUUAUAUCAACAGUUAUGGUACUUCUAGGACUUCUGAUAGUCAUUUUUAUACUACCAGAAACACUUCAUGAUUCAAAAAAGCGGUCGGAUGUAUCUUUUAUUCAAAAUAUGGUACGUGUUACUGAUGUUUAUAGAAAAGGGUUUUCCCCUGAUGGAAAACAGUGGAUGUUUAUAAUUUUAAUCGUUAUUUUUAUGAUGUCAAAUUUAGCAAAUAUUGCUAGACCUCAGAUUGAAACAUUGUAUCAACUGAAUUCUCCGUUUUGUUGGAGUGCUGUUAAGAUUGGCUGGUAUGGUUCCAUGAGAAUAGGAUUAUUAAAUAUGGGAAAUCUUGCUAUUAUCUACCUGUUUCAUCUGUGUACGACGGACGAAUACAUCGUUUUAGUCAGUAUGCUGACUGCCGUGGUAUCAUUGACUAUAGAGGGACUAGCCACAACCGACUACAUGUUAUACUUAGCCUUAGGCACGGGUGUUGGUAGUUCUCUUGGUAUGGCGAUGAGCAGAGCAAUCAUGUCUAGGAUAACUCCAGAUAAUAAACAAGGUUCAGUUUUUGCUGGAGUAGCUGUACCUGAAAUUGUAUUUAGUUUAGUCAGUAGUCUAGGGGCGAAUGCAAUUUAUGAUGCUACCGUUUCAAUAUAUAGAGGACUCACAUUUUUCAUCAUGGCAGGAUAUGGCUUCAUAGGGAUUAUUUUAUGUCUAAUUCUAAUCUGGGGACAGAAAGGAUAUAAGAUGUCGAAGGAUACAAACGCAAUAACAAUACACGUGGCAGAAGAUGACAAACAAGUGGUCAACGGUUAUCAGAUUCAGGACCAGAGUUAUGAAAACAGUCACCAUUUCUGAACAAUUAAAUCUUCACACACAAAUAAUAUAAAAAAAACUUUUUGUAUUGUUGUGCCGGAGUUGGAAUAAUCUAAAGCUGGGAGAAACCGCGUUACUUCAACAUAUAUGCAAUCUUCAUAAGUUUAAAAUCAAAUUAUCCCGGUAUUUGUAAAUACAAACCAGAGGCAUAUGAUGAUAUUGAUAUUCAUCAUACUGUAAAGUGGUAUUUCAUAUUUUAGCACCAGGUCAAUACCACUGCUAGUGGAAUGCUUGCCAUUGUCUGUUCUUUUGUAUUUUGUUAACAUAUUAAGUUGCCCGUCUUUAAAGUAAAAAAGUUUUAAGAAACUAAGGUUUAACUCCCUCUGUUAAAAUCGACCU